AUGGGCAAGACCAAGGUUGCGGACAAAUCGUCCAAGAAGGACAAGAAGGCUGAGCUUUCGAGCAUCAAGGCCGGUCGCGUUACCAAGCCUGCUACGACUCCUAAGUCGAAGAGCAAGGACAUUGCCAAGUCAGUUGCUUCCAACGUCAAGGACAAGAAGAAGUCGAAGAAGGCUCCUACCCCCGAGCCUGAGUCUGAUUCUUCGUCUGAGAGCGAGAGCGAGAGCGAGGAAUCCGAGGAGAGCAGCAGCGAGGAGGAGGAGGUCACCAAGAAGACCGCCACCAAAGCUAAAGCUGCUCCCAAGGCCGCUGCUAAGGCCGACUCCGAUUCUGACUCUUCCGACAGCAGCGAGGAGGAUAGCGAGAGCGAGAGCGAGAGCAGCGAGGAGGAGAAGCCUACCCCCAAGGCCAAGGCCAACGGUGUCAAGACCAACGGCGCUGCUAAGGCCAAGGCUGAGUCCAGCGACUCUGAGAGCGACUCUGAGUCUGAGUCCGACUCGGACAGCAGCGAGUCCAAGGACGAGAAGCCUGCUGCCAAGGUUGAGGCUACCUCUACCUCCGACUCUUCCGACUCCGACUCCGAUUCUUCCGAUUCUGAAAGUGAUGAGGCUGAGGCUCCCUCCAAGAAGCGUAAGGCUGAGGAGGUUGCUGAGCCCGUCAUCAAGAAGACAAAGACCGAUGAGCCCGUUGCUGAGGACGGUGUCAAGAACCUGUUUGUUGGCAACCUGAGCUGGAACAUCGAUGAGGACUGGCUCCGCCGCGAGUUUGAGAGCUUUGGUGAGAUUGUUGGCUGCCGUGUCAUUACUGACCGCGAGACUGGCCGCGCCAAGGGAUUCGGUUACGUUGAGUUUGCCAAAGCUGCUGAUGCCGCCAAGGCACAGAAGGACAUGCACGAGUACGAGCUCGACGGUCGUCCAUUGAACGUCGACUUCAGCACCCCUCGCCAAAAGCCUGACGCCAAUGCCCGUGCCAACAAGUUUGGUGACAAGCGCAGCGCUCCCAGCAACACUCUCUUCAUUGGUAACCUUUCGUUCGACUGCACCAACGAGACCAUCCAGGAGGUGUUCGCCGAGUACGGCAACGUCACUCGUGUCUCUCUGCCCACCGACCGCGACAGUGGUGCGCUCAAGGGCUUCGGAUACGUUGACUUUGGCAGCCAAGAGGAGGCUACCGCUGCCCUCGAGGCUCUUCAUGGCCAGGACGUUGCAGGCCGCCCCCUCCGCGUCGACUUCGCCGCUCCCCGUGAUGACAACGGUGGCGGUGGUGGCCGCGGUGGCUUUGGAGGAGGUCGCGGCGGCGGUCGUGGCGGCCGCGGAGGCUUCGGCGACCGUGGUGGUCGUGGAGGUGGCCGUGGUGGCGGCGGCUUUGGCGGUCGUGGAGGCCGUGGCGGCGCUCGCGGAGGCGGCCGUGGUGGUUCAUUCAACCGCGGUGGCUUUGGCGACUUCCAGGGCCAGAAGAAGUCUUUCGACUAA